AAUUCAUCUUGAUACUUGUGUUUAUAAUGCUGGUUGGGGGAGUAGGUUAGCGGACUGCACUGCUAAGCUUCCCUAAAGUGAAACAAAAAGACGCCGGCUCCUGCUUUGAGAGACUUCAGCAAAGCAACUGUCGGUCUUCCCGAGUCUCCGGCGAACGCAACACCGACGUAGGUGGGUAGAUCUCGUCUCCUCUCCGCUCUCAGGAGACCGAGAGAGAAGAGAGAGCGGGAUCUCUCGAUCCUUCCUCCAUGGAAGCGGCGCCUCAGUUCCUCCAGUGCGGCUUCGAGCCCUUCCGCCGCUCGCCCUUGGCGACAGCCGCCCCGCAGUGGAGGACGCUCCGACGCCGAUCAAUUCGUCUGAGAUCUAGGUCUCCACGAUCGGGAGUCUUCGCUGUGGCGACGGAGCCUACGACCGGUGGUGCCGCUUCGUCUUCUUCUUCUAAUUCUGCCUCUUCUCCUCGGUCCGCCUCGUUUGGUUCCGUCAAUGGUGCCGCCUCCGGCAGGUUUGGCAACGUGUCGGAGGAGAUAAAGAAGGUGAGAAAGCAGAUGGAGGAGGACGAGCAGCUGGCCACGCUGAUGAGAGGACUUCGAGGUCAAAACCUCACUGACGUUCAGUUUGCAGAUGAGAACAUCCGGCUUCGUCUUGUCGAGGUACCAGCUGUGAACAGCAAUGAAGCAUUGCCACUUGUGUAUGAUCCUGACAUAAUUGCAUCCUACUGGGGAAAGCGCCCUAGAGCUAUUUCCACACGGAUUAUACAGCUGCUGUCUGUAGCAGGUGGCUUUCUGUCUCAUUUAGCUUGGGACUUGAUUAACAAGAAGAUCGCAGAGAAUGAGGUCGCACGGGCUAUUGAAUUAAGGGAAAUAGUAACGUCACUGGGUCCAGCUUACAUAAAACUUGGCCAAGCUUUGAGUAUUCGACCAGACAUAUUAUCACCUGCUGCAAUGACUGAACUGCAGAAGCUAUGUGAUAAGGUUCCUUCAUUUCCAGAUGAUGUUGCGAUGGCCCUUAUUGAAGAAGAACUUGGGCAGCCUUGGUGUAACAUCUACUCUGAACUGACACCAUCCCCAAUUGCUGCUGCAUCUCUGGGACAAGUUUACAAGGGUCGCCUAAAAGAAACUGGCGAGUUGGUGGCCGUCAAAGUACAGCGACCUUUUGUUCUGGAGACUGUCACCAUAGAUCUCUUCAUUAUUCGUAAACUGGGACUGUUUUUGCGAAGAUUUCCUCAGAUCUCGAUUGAUAUUGUUGGUUUGGUGGAUGAAUGGGCUGCCCGCUUUUUUGAAGAACUUGAUUAUAUAAAUGAAGGAGAAAAUGGAACUCGCUUUGCUGAAAUGAUGAGAGAAGACCUUCCUCAGCUACUUGAUACUGGCUUCUUUCAUGCUGAUCCUCAUCCUGGAAAUAUGAUUCGUACACCAGAUGGGAAGUUGGCUAUACUUGACUUUGGCCUCGUGACAAGAUUGACUGAUGAUCAGAAGUAUGGUAUAAUUGAAGCAAUUGCCCACCUGAUUCAUCGUGACUACAAUGAAAUUGUCAAGGACUUUGUCAAGCUUGAUUUCAUUCCUGAUGGUGUCAAUUUGGAACCAAUCUUGCCAGUGCUGGCCAAAGUUUUUGAUCAGGCACUAGAAGGAGGUGGUGCAAAAAAUAUUAACUUUCAGGAAUUAGCAUCUGAUUUGGCUCAAAUUACCUUUGAUUAUCCAUUCAGAAUACCACCAUAUUUUGCUUUAAUAAUCAGAGCAAUUGGGGUAUUAGAAGGAAUAGCACUAGUUGGAAAUCCUGACUUUGCGAUUGUAGACGAAGCAUACCCAUAUCUCGCUCAGAGACUUUUAACAGAUGAAUCCCCCAGGUUGAAGGAGGCAUUGCGGUAUAUGAUAUAUGGUAAACGCGGAGUGUUUGAUGCAGAAAGAUUCAUUGAUGUCAUGCAAGCUUUCGAGAAUUUCAUCACUGCUGCAAAAAGUGGAGGUGGUGAAAAUCUGAAUGGAAAUAUGGCUGAUCUUGGUUCUUUGCAGAGUCAACCAGGUCUUCUGGUCCCAGUAUUUCCAGCAUUAGUACCUCAGCCAGCACAGCCUGUCAAGACUAGGGCAGCCCUCACGUUUUUGCUUUCUGAAAAAGGAAACUUCUUCAGAGAAUUUAUUCUAGAUGAGGUCGUUAAAGCGAUUGAUGCAGUUUCGCGAGAGCAGUUGGUCCAAAUUGCUGCAGUUAUGGGAAUUGGGACUGCAGCUCCAGUUUUUAGUAUGGCUCCCCUGAGGCCUGCGGUUUUGCUGCCCACCAUCACAGAGGAGGACAGAGUCAUACUAAACAAUGUUGAAAAAGUUGCAAAGUUUCUAACUUCAGAAACUUCUAAAGCAUCAUCACAUCAGGGUGUUGAGAUUUCUAAUGUCAUCCAAGAACUUCUUCCUGUGUUACCAAGCAUCUCAGCAAGAGUCCUACCUGAAGUGCUGAGCCGGUUGACUUCACGUGUAUUAGCUCGGCUAAUCCGAGAAACAUUUUUGUAGUUAUUAAUGCAUAUGAACCUCACAAUAGAAAUUUUCUAAAGCUUCUCUGUACAUAAAAAGGAAUGUCAAGAUCCACUCACUGUCUCACGUUGACUCUUACAACACCGUCAGUCAGUUCAGAGUGUAUCCAUCUUUCUUUUUUGUUUUUCUUUUCCUUUUAACAUGUAAAUUUUCUAAUACAUAGUGUGGUUAUUAUUUUUAUGAUGAAAAGAUAUACUAUUCCACUC